AUGUAUUCCGAUGAUUUCCGGGGCUUCGGAGUGCCAGAGUCGAGGAGGGGAUGCAUCCCGAGCAUGCAUUCUGCUCGCUCGAUCACCCCAGACUCGCAUCCAGUGGCCCCAAGAGCCCCAGAUAGCAUCCAUCCUGCUGCCCACCACCCCCCACAUAAGCCCUCGAAUGAGGCAGUACUAUUCAACCUCCCAGGCAAUGGCCAUGGAGUGGAAUCCAUCCGGGGAUCUCAUAUCGGCCACCAUCUCACCGUGGGAGGUGCUACACAAUGCACAACCAACAACGAGAACAACGACACUGAGCAGGACGGCGAGGACGAUGACAGUGGUGGAGGGAUUUUUCCUCUGAUGCAGGGCCAUGGCAGCAUCUUGGGGAGGGCUCAUGCAGAGGGAGAACAGAUGCAGAAAAGCCACCACCACCCAGACCUCUCCACCCCCCUUUUCAAUGUUGGGGAAUUUAACGGCAAGAUGUACAGGGAUGCAAUGCUGCUGUUGAUGAUAUGCAUGAUGCCCGCCGUCGAUGCCCACACCUGCUGUGCCCAGCGUAUGGGUACCUAA